CGGCCACACGGGAGCACAGUCUCUGCCCACACGUUAUUGAACCUUGUGUGUUGACGUUCGCCUCGAGUGAUAUAACAAUAGUCAGGGAGGGUAGCAGCCCUCGGCCCCCAUCAAUAUCGUUUGAGAGUGAUAUUUCGUGGACUAAACGGUUUUUUCUGCAAGCACAUCAUUUAUGUGUAAAUGUGUCUUUUCCCAUCAGGGGUUUUAGCCGUGUGUUAUGGAAAUUAUUUUGGAGGAAAAAAAAAGAAAGAAAUUUCAAUUUUUGUCUUCGCGAAUUUAACAGUCUAAAUUUCAUACACUAUCAUUGCAUACUGUGUAUACGACUUUUGCACAACGUCUAUUCGACUUGAACGAAAUAACUGUGUGCGUAUGCAAUUUGCAAUUCAUUGUCUUUUUGUCAUAGAUAAAGAGUCUGUUUUGCUAAGUUCAUUUUGUUUUGGAUUUGCUGCCUUACUUCACGUGAGAUUAGAGUUGACGCCCAGAAGAUAUUUGGCAAGUGGUUUUCUUUUUAUUUCACUUCUCAGCGCAGCGUGCUGGACACAGUGGAUUUAUAGUCUUCGAUCCAGUGUGGAAAAAGAGUGGAUCGAAGUUUACAUAUUUAAGACGUGACUGUGCGGAGCUGCAGGGAACGAACACAUUUUUGUGGUGGGAUAUUGUGAUGAAUAAUAUGAAAACAAAUUACUUUUUAUGAUAAGGUCAUUGGGUGCGCGCAUAAACUUUUCACUGGAUAUCCACCCCCUCAUGAAACACCUUUCUUUCUUCUCUGUUCAGGACUGAGGUUUAUUGCUCAUCAAAGAGAGUGCUGAGAACUUCAAGCAUGAAGACACAUCAAGGGACAAAUCUUGUGUAUUUGUGUGGUAUGCACACCCACGGCUUUCUUCACUGAGGCUGCAGUGACUUUCGGAAAGAAACAAUCAACAUUUUGUCCAAUCUAUAAAUAGAAAACAGGACAAUGACGCCACCAUCUCCUGUGCUCCUCGUUUGCACGUGUUUGUGCGUUUUCUUAGCAGUUGGUCAAGGUCAAGGAAAUAGGGAGCACAGUUCAAAGGUCGGUGUUGUCGUUGUUGUGACGGAUGGUGUCAACACCAUAGAUGGGCGUUGCCAUGACGACGACAACAAGCUGAGCGAAAAGGGUGGCAAUGAAACUUCUUCAACCCGGGAUGAUCCGAACAGGAUGAUGACUUCUCAUUUUUCGUCCUGGAUACGGGGGAUAGUGGAAGUUCUGGAUACUUCGCUGGCUCCUGAUUAUGAGGCUGUUUUGGUGGAAGGCCCUUGUACAGAACCUGGGACCACUAUGCAUUCCUUCAUGUCCGUCGUAACGGCUCACAGAGUCACAGGAGUCCUUUCUGUGACGUCAUCUGACACGAGCAAAGCUCUCCGUGACGUCACGAGCUACUUACAGCUCCCCCUGGUGGAGAUGGUGCAUGGGGAUCUGCUGGUCACCCCGUCAGUCGGACCCUUACACUACGUGGUCCCACACUUCCAUUACACUUUAGCACAGAACGUACUGUUCAUCUCGCAUCUGUUCAACUGGACGGCCGUUUCUGUAACAUCACCAGGCCAACCCCGGUCAGCAAACGGUGUAAUGGACGUGUUUCAGAGACUGGCAUCUGAGAACGGUUUGUGUGUGCUGCCUGCUUACCUCAGCGAAGACGUGCCACGUAUUGUUUUCGGUCACCUUCACGCAAACACAACACCAUCUCAGCUCUCCUCUACUUCAAAUCUCUUUGUAGAACAUGUAGAUGUAGAUGUAUUGGAAUCCUUUGAAAGGAAUUCUUCAACAGGCGCAGAUAUGUUGUACUUGCAAUCCAUGCAAUAUCAGUGGAGGCAGCUGGCUAUGAUGAUUAACAGCAGCUGUGCACAGAAUAGUGAUGUUAGGAACACUACUAGCUCCCAAAAUUCUUCUUCUUCUGUCGACGUUUUCGAAACCUUCCAGCUAUGUUCUCUGGAAGACUCGUUCCAGAGCUUCAGUUCAGACACUCGGGCUCAAAUCGUCCACCUGGUAGCGAGUAUCUCUUUGCUGCUUUCCAAGUCGAACAUAGAUCUCAAAACAAGCUCAUUCUGCACACACACCCAGUCGUCCAGCAGCGUCAUGUGCCUCAUGUUUGACCCGCGCCUUUAUCGCCUUGACCUCAACACCAACACCGUUGAGCUGGUGGAAGAGUUGUAUCGUAUUCGUGACGUGAGUGGCCUUGACCUAUCUCAACGAUCAAAAAGUGUCCAGAUGCGCGGACAUACACUUCUUCUUCCUAUCAAUUUGACUGAUUACGUAGGCAGAGAGUCGUGUGGGAAUUUAUGUAGAUACUGUGCUCGAUGUCUUCCUUCGAAAAUGUCCGAUAUGACAAUUAUGACUUCAGGUGAGGGAGAAUUGUAUGUUUUAGGUUUAUUUCCUAUUCAUAAGAUUUCACCAGAUGGCCAGUGCAAUUUGGCAAACCCCAUAGGAUACGCUGAAAGCGUUGUAUUUGUUGAUGAGUUUAAGAAGCAACAAGCGUUGCUGCCAUCUGUUGGUAGGAGAAACAUUGCCGCCGUGGUGUUUGAUACAUGUGGUUCUACUGCACACGCCUACACGGUCAUCAAUCAGGUCGACUCUUGUGAUUUUACUUUUCAGGAAAGCCAAGAAAGGAGACCUAUAUUUAUUCAACCAGACUCAGUUGUUGGAAUAAUAGAAUCAGAGAACGACUUUGGGGACACGUUUGUGUCCAAUAGUAAGUUUCGUCUCGUGCUUGACGAGUCAGGCUUUUCAACAUCUGCUGACCUGCCCAUAACGUUUAUUGAUAAUGUUCUCGCAACUCUAGCUCACCUCCAGUGGACUGUCAUCAACGUAAUAGUUAGUGAAGAUUCAGAAAUGCUUAAAUUGUCAGAAUAUUUGAAGACGGCAAACUCUGCGAGAACCUUUUGUUUUGUGAUCCAUCUCGUGUUGCCAUCAUCAGAGGACGGGCUACAAGUGAUCAAUCGGGCAUUCGCAGGAGUGACAAAAACGUCUGUAUUCCUUCUGCUGACGACACCACGUGAUACACAAGAACUUCUACAUCAUCUCCGAGUUCACGCAGAUGCCAAAGCCGUUCGCCUGCAAUAUAUUUUUACGCCUUGGAAUGAAAAACUCCACGAAUAUCCUGAUGUGGAAGAAUCUUCGGAUACAAACAUUGUCUUCCGCUCCUCUUCAUUGUCCAGUUCGUCUCCUGUUGUCAACGUUUCGUUAAUUAAGACUUCUGUUAAUCCUUGGAGCUCUGAAUUUGCAAAUUCUUCAACGGGGUUAGAGACACUUCUGGAAGACGGAGAUCAUUCUGAAAAGUUUGAUGUAGUUCAAGCAAUGGUGCAACAGCUUUUGCCUCAGCUGAAUAGUUUUAAUCAUCCAGACAAGGAUUUCUCCAGCUUGGUCCUUACAUCUACUAAACUUGACGUCGUGGCAUUCUACGCAAACGGUCGCACGAAAGCAGAGUUAGGUCAUGUAGACGGGUCGGUUUUCACUCCAACUGCAAAAUUCUUCGGACGUCCUCACAACACCUGCAGCGGUUGGUGCCCUGCUUGCAACGUGUGCAAGGCUCCUGCACCGCCCCCGCCCACAUCUGACCACGCCCACCUUCAUUUGUCGGGUGACGUCAUCAUUACAGGGUUGUUCCCCUUACAUUCUCCUGGCACCGAGCCGUUUAUGUGCGGUCAGCUUCAGACAGAUGCGAGCGUCCUCCUGGAUGUGGCAGCCUUUAUCUUCGCUUUAGACACAGCCAAGUCCAGAUAUCCGGCCUUCUGCCCGGAGUUGAAGUUGGUGGGCUGGUGCUCGACACAUGCACAGACGCUGUCUCCGCCCUUAGAACUCUCGGGGACUUUCACACAUGUGCUGUAGACUUUCGUGGGCCUGCAGGAGUCUUCGGUUCGAUCUCACGGGCUUCAAGCAACGCUACCUCUACGCCAAACUGGAAAGCGAAAAGGACUGAA